CGUCAAUAAAUAUAUCAAUAUGAUAUAUAAAUCGGAGGGUGUUGAUAAGUUACCAACCAAGCUGCAAGCUUAUCUGGUUGGCAAAGCACCUGAUGAGAUGGAGACCGAUUUGGCUAGUCGAAGUCAAAGACUUCAGUCUCAAGUGGUCAAUGCGCUUUCCAAAUUUUUAUAUGAGACCACGGAGUUGAAGAAAUGGCCUUGGAGCAAGUGUGAUGAUACACUUGCCCAAGCUGGAUAUGAAUUAAAAUUAUUACCUGGUGCUCGAUCAGUGGAAGAGACCUUCAAGAUGCCAAGCAGCAACCUCAACUCGGCCAAACUUGUGGCUAUGAAAGCAGACCUCAAGGACAACUUGAUUCAAUUGGUACCGUUACAACGUACAGCUCAACGUACUACCUCUCUUGACCUAUCCCAAUCCGAUCUCAGCCGUAACCAAAUCCAACAGAAUCAAGAUACAAAUAGCAGCGACCUCCCAAGCAUUCAAUCAGAUACAUCAAAUCAAACUCAAAAUCAUCUUCAUGAUCAAAUUCAGAACAUAUUCAACCGUGUCAAUACUAAUAUUGUAGAGCCUCACGGCCAUAUUGUGGACCCCUUGCUUUUUGGAACCGUGUGAAUACCAAACUUAUUGUUAUAUUCUUAGUUAUCGUUGUUGAUUGGUUGUACAUUCCUUUAUAUUACACAAUCUUGUUAUGUUGUUGAUGUAAUCGGGAAUCGGUGUUAUUUGGAGAAAAGAUAUAGCUUGCUCUUUGAAUUAAAUGAUUAUACAGUUGAUCAUCAU